AGGCCCGGCCUAGUUGACAUUUUAAUUUAAGCAGCCAAUCGGGCCGGCCCACCUUGGGCUGUUUUUGGGCGGAUCGACCUUGACGUGACCUGCCACGCGGACCAAAAGUUCCGCUUCAGGCCGCCGUGAGGUCACCGGUCCGUCUGUUCACCGUCUCGGCACUUCAUCUUCUUCUUCCGUUGAGGUUGAGGUUUAAGCUUGUCUGAGAGGAGAAGCGUUGCGCUGAAGCAAGCUGAGACCGUGAUGGCUUAUGGAGUUCCUCCAGCAAGCGCCAGCGGUGGCUCAACGUCGGCGAUUAAGCAGGUGAAACUGGACAAGGAGUGCGAGAUCAGGAUCGAGGUCGGCAACGAGACGCCCCUCCGCCUCCGCCUUCUCUCCGGCACCGCCGAGAUCUUCGGCGCCGAGCUGCCGCCUGAAAUCUGGCUUACCUUUCCUCCUCGCCAUAAGUUUGCCGUUUUUACUUGGUAUGGAGCAACUAUCGAGAUGGAUGGUGAGACGGAAUCUGAUUAUACCGCCGACGAGACACCAAUGGUCAGCUAUGUAAAUGUGCAUGCCAUACUUGAAGGACGCAGGAACCGAGCGAGAGCAUCGCCACCUGACUCCAAUUCUUCUCAGGGACCCAGAGUGAUUGUUGUGGGACCUACGGAUUCUGGGAAGAGUACGUUGUCGAGGAUGCUGCUCAGUUGGGCAGCUAAACAGGGUUGGAAACCUACCUUUGUGGACUUGGAUGUAGGCCAGGGAUUUAUAACUAUACCUGGCUCUAUUGCUGCUACACCCAUUGAAUUGCCCAUUGACCCUGUGGAAGGAGUUCCUCUAGAAAUGCCCCUUGUUUACUUCUAUGGGCAUGUUACUCCGAGCAAUAAUGUAGAUUUGUACAAAGUGCUCGUGAAGGAGCUUGCUGAUAUUCUGGAGAGACAGUUUGCAGGUAAUGCUGAAUCAAGAGCUGCAGGUAUGGUGAUAAAUACCAUGGGAUGGAUAGAAGGCGUAGGCUAUGAAUUGAUUCAACAUGCUAUUACUACUUUCAAUGCCAAUGUAGUCUUAGUACUGGAUCAGGAGAAACUCUUCAGCAUGCUCAAAAAAGAUGUGUUGAAAAACAAUCCCAAUGUAGAUGUUGUUAAGCUUCAAAAGUCAGGUGGUGUUGUAUCCAGAAGUAAUAAGUUUCGGCAAAGGACGAGGAGCUUUAGAAUAAGGGAGUACUUCUACGGUCCAGGCAAUGAUCUCUCACCGCAUGCCAAUAUAGCCAACUUCAGUGAUUUGUCCAUCUAUAGGAUUGGGGGCGGACCCCAGGCCCCACACUCUGCCCUGCCGAUUGGUGCAAAGUCUGUUGCAGACCCUCUGAGAUUAGCACCUGUGAAUAUCAACCGGGAUCUGCUCCACGUAGUUCUCGCAGUUUCAUUCGCAAAAGAACCGGAGCAAAUAAUCUCAAGCAACGUUGCUGGGUUCAUAUAUGUCACAGAUGUAGACAUACAAAGGAAGAAGAUCACGUACCUCGCCCCAUCUCCUGGGGAUCUCCCAAGCAAAUUCUUAAUUAUGGGAACCCUGACGUGGCUUGAAACCUGAACUCGAGAGGCAGGAUUUGUUGACCGCUAUGCGUUUAUUGAAGUUAAAUCUAUCGAUUGUACUGAUCACUGCGUCGCUUGUAACUGAUAUCAUUGGGUAGUUUUGUGUAUCAUAUAAAGCAGAAACCUCGGUGUAAGUUGUAUAACUUUCUAAAUGAGAUGAGAGUUGAUUUGGAUUGGUCUUUUUUUUC